GCUCCACGGCUACAUUUCCUCGGCAGAUACACUCGGCUGUGUGUCUGAGUGGGAGAUGGACUGAGUGAGGGCGCUCUUUCGACCAGUGCUGCCGAUAGCAUUGCAAUACCCACAAGCUAGGUUGAAAUAAUUGACGAUUUCAGGUCGCUGAAUCAACAAGAAAAACACAGUACCGUUAACAGUCUUUCACAUCCCACUCCAAACACACUAACACGGCAUUGAUGGUAAUGUAUGCAAGGAAACAACCGAGACUCGGCGAUGGGUGCGACCGAAGAGAUUCUCAGCCCUAUCAGACUCUCAAAUACUCGUCCAAGAGCCAUCCAGGAGGGGACCACCGGCAUGAAAAGAUGCGAGACUCUUCAGACGUCACUCCUCCCUGCAAAAUGCUCAGGAGGUCUGACAGCCCUGAAAAUAAACACAUCGACAGCACAGGGCACAGCAGAGCAAAGGCUGUCCACACACACCGGGCCAGAGACAGGGAUGGAGGGACCAGCUAUUCUCCCCAAGAAAAUUCUCACAACCACAGUUCCCUUCAUAGCUCCAACUCACAUUCUAACCCUAGCAAGACCUCAGACACAGUAAUAUUGCUCCUUUCUCUGCAGCCGUAGCGAACCGUGGCUGACUGAGCUGGUCAUGAGCAGCAUUCAGUUCCUCUGGAAAGAGAAUACUAUUAUAACUGUAGGACAGAAGUGUCCCAGUGGGAGAAGCCCAAAGACAUGGCUUUGAGAGGAUAGCAGAGGCAAAAGGAAGCAACCAAAGACUGGCUGUUGAUCAACAGUUUUCCCCAAGGACAGGGACUUCACAGAAGGGAGGCACAUGCAAGCAUCGGCAGCCCCCUGGAUUUGACUGGUCCUAAGUCAGCUCAGGUGGAGAAACCUGCUGCGACCCUUGCCACCCAGUCCCAGUCAUCAUCUUCAGGCUCAGGGAGCUUGAACCCCUCGUCGGGACCACCUGGAUCAUCUGCAUCCACAGUACCAGUGUCCCCAGUCCUGCAGUCUCCAGCUCCUCCACUACUCCAGGACCCCACCCUGCUUCGCCAGCUUCUCCCAGCACUUCAGACUGCCCUGCAGCUCAACAAUGCCAGUGUUGACAUGGCAAAAAUAAAUGAAGUUCUCACAGCUGCUGUCACACAAGCUUCAUUACAGUCGAUGCUUCACAAGAUCCUCACUGCUGGACCAUCAGCUUUCAAUAUCACUGCUAUCCUUUCUCAAGCUGCUCAACUCUCUAACCAAGCUCAGCAAUCAAACCAGUCACCAAUGUCAUUAACAUCAGACGCCUCAUCGCCAAGGUCCUAUGUUUCUCCAAGGAUCAGCACACCACAGACCAAUGCUGGUCCUCUAAAGCCCCUCCUCAGCACGCAGCCUGUCAUCUCACAACCGAAAGUGAGCAUGGUAACAGCCAAGCUGGCAUCUCACAACCAGCCCACAUCCCAGCAGCCCCUUUCCAGCGAUAAGCAGCACAGCCACGACGCCACCACGGCCUCCCCACGCACCCUCCAGCGCCAAGGCAGUCAGAGGAGUCCCUCCCCAGGUCCCAACCAUGUCGCCUCCAGCAGCAGCAACGCCCCCAACUCUGCCUCCGCCCCCCCCUCGGCCUCAGGAGCCCGGCCCUCCUGCUCCUUCACCCCCACCCUUGCUGCACACUUCAGUGAAAACCUUAUCAAGCAUGUACAGGGAUGGCCUGCAGAACACGCAGAGAAACAGGCGUCAAGACUACGUGAAGAGGCCCACACCAUGGGCAGCAUCUGCAUGUCUGAGAACUGCACCGAGCUCAAAAACCUGCGGUCUUUGGUCCGAGUCUGUGAAAUACAAGCAACAUUGCGUGAGCAGAGGAUACUGUUUCUGAGACAGCAAAUCAAAGAACUUGAAAAGUUGAAGAAUCAGAAUUCUUUCAUGGUCUGAGGACUUGUGGUUGCGAGUCGGAGCAGGCAAUGAGGGGUGAAAGAGGGGGCAGGGAGACCCAUUGCACAUAGUUGGAGUCUGGAGGGAGAGCAGUUGUUCGGUUCCUCUUGAGCCCAGUCUUAACACUCACACACAGGAGCUGCAGUCGGGUUGGCUUUGGACCGUUGGGCUGGGAGAUCCAAGAGGGAGAAGUGAAGAGCUGUGGUGGGAGGAGGAGGGUGAGGGUGGGUGAUUUACAAGACUGAGUUUUGUAAAAGCCCAUGUUGUGGGAAAAAAAUGUAGAUUUCUUGUAGAUGUUAUUAUCUAUGUUGUAAAUAUGUUUUGUAGAUUGAAGCCAUGGAAAGCCAUGCCUAUCAAAGCUUUUGACAUCCAAACUAAUCAACGCCUAGGCGGCUACAUUCAUUAGCUAGCCUUUCCUUCAUGUUAACUCGUCUGCAGACUUAAAGCUUCAUUUUGUCCGUUCAAAGAUCAUUGAACCAUUGAGCGUGUGUGUGUGUGUGACCUGCAUGGAAACGGAGGAGGAUGUUUGAAGCCAUUUAUUUACACACAAGCCUAGCAUAAAGCAUAACACACAGGUGUCAGCGUAGUUUGUUUCUUUCUUCAAAUCUGGGUGAGCUGAUUAUUUUGUCUAGAUUCUUUCCCUCCACCUUCUGUGGGUGAACUGCAACAUGUACUCAGGCGUGGCAAACAUCCCCUCCGCAGAUCUACCGCGACUGCCAACAAUGGUUCAGUGAUCCGUUUGCAGCUUCUGGUGGCCCUGCAUUUCCCAGUCUGAAAAAAAAACAGUGCCUGGUGGUGUGGUGGAGUGAGUGAUUUAAAAAAAAAAAAAAAAAAAAAAUUUAAAUAUGAGAUGUGAUGGCGUGCUGCUUUGGACCAUUCCCACUACCCUCCCCUGGCCUCAGCCCUGCCCUGCCAUGCCCUCUCCUCACACUUUACCCUCCUUGUUUUUGUUGGGUUUUUUUCCUCUUUGUGUUCCUACUGUUUUUUGUUCCUCUUUUCCCCCUCUCCGACUUUUCACGCUGAGGUGGUACCACUGGUUCAUUCCUUUGUACAGUCGUUAACAUAACAGUGGAGUUUUAAGAAGAGGACAGAAUAAAAAAGGUUUUAUUUAUAAGAGUUGUAGUGAUGAGCAGUUAUUCACAAUGAUAGCCACACAUUUUCAUCAGCACCCAGUUCAGGAGUGGUAUUACGGCCGCAGCGGAUCAGAGGUGGGCGAACGUGGAAGCGCCUCUGGAGUCAGCGCAGGGCAACGAGAGGGCCAAGGUCAAAUGUGAAAUGUAUGUAUUGUAAUAAACAUGUUAAACUAAAGCGAGCACUGGUUGUUUUGUUGGAGUGUUAGGUUUGGUUCAUACGCUAGUGCCUUGUUGAAAGUCUUAAGCCUCAUUGAACCUGCAGAUACCCCACCCCACCCCCCAGUUUUUUUUUCUUUCAUCCUCUUUGACCAACAGCAGGAGAUCUUCAACAAGCAUGUCAUGCACAGGAUUGUUUUUCUAGCACGUUCCAUCCCUCUCAUUUGUUUGUUCCCCACUGUUGAAGAGCAGGGUCCUCAGCUGCAAAGGCCUGUUUAUUUACCCCCACCAUACUAUCUAUUGAUAACAGAACUUCACCACACAUUCAGUAAAGGUGACCACAUCAUUGCUUUGUAUAUUGUUUCCUGAAGUAUAUUGACAAAUGAAAUAAAAUAUGCCUCUCCGGGG